GUACAUCAAGGCGUUGAUCGGCAAGACGCACGGGCGCUUCCCGGCGCCGCUAAUGAUGACCACCGUGCACUUCCUGGUGCAGGGCGGCAUCGCCUCGCUGCUGCUGCGCUGCUGCUGCCACUCGUGGCUGCCCGCCUCGCCUGGCGCGACUACUUCGUGCGAGUGGUGCCCACGGGAGUCGCCACAUCGCUGGACAUUGCCCUCUCCAACCUCUCCCUCGCGCUCGUCACCCUCACCUUCUACACCAUGUGCAAAUCCAGCGCGGGUGUCUUCCUCCUCCUCUUCGCCUUCCUCUUCCGGCUGGAGACGCCAAGCUUCAAGCUGCUGGGCAUCAUACUCAUCAUCUCUGUCGGCGUGCUCUGCAUAGUGGCGUGCGUGUGGUGCUCGCUCCCAGUGGCGGGGGAGACGGAGUUUGAGCUGGUGGGAUUCAUCCUCGUCAUGCUGGCCUCCUUCAUGGCGGGCCUCCGAUGGGUGCUGCUGCAAGUGCUCCUGCAGGUGGAAGGCGCAGGCGAGCAGCGCGAUAUGCCCGCUGGAGUCAACAACGACGACCCCGCGCAGGCGGGCGUGGCGGCGGAGCCAAGCACGGCGGAGGCGGACGGAAAGAGCGGUGCUCGGAACCAGCCGUGCGGCGGAGAGAAGAGUGACGGCGGGAAGCGUAGUAGUGGCUCGCGCUCUCCGGAUCCGCGUCAGCAACGUGACGAAGGACGCGGUGGCGGCGCGCGCUCGCCAGACCCGCGGCUGAAUCGUGACGGGGGACGCGGUGGCGGCGCGCGCUCGCCAGAUCUGCGGCUGAAUCGUGACGGGGGACGCGGCGGCGGCGCGCGCUUGCCAGAUCCGCGGCUACAUCGUGAUGGGGGAAGGGGAGGCGGUGUGCGCUCGCCAGAUCCGCGGCAGAACCGCGCGGAGGCGGCUACCGCUCGCCAGAUCCGCGGCAGCACCGGGACAGUGGGCGCGGGGGCAGUGCGCACUCGCCAGAUCCGCGGAGGUAUCACGGCGGAAGAAGCGGAGGGGAUCUGCGCUCACCAGAUCCUCAUUACUCUCGUAAUGAGAGACGCGGAGGUGGCUAUCGCUCGCCUGACAUGCAACGGUACCGUGGAGAGAAGUGGGGAAGCGAGGCGCGCUCGCCUGACUGGCACCUGCAACAUGAAGAAAGCCGGGAAGGCGGAUACCGUUCGCAGCAUCGGCAACAGAGCAGGGGCGGGAGGCACAGCAGUGGGUCUCGCUCGCCUGGCCGGCGUUGGCAACACGACGGAAGACGUGCCGGUGAGGGAGGACGGGAUCAACGCGGCAGCAGAGAGGGAGGCAGCGGGCUGA